GCAGCGCAGCCGGUGGGGGGAGCGCAGCGGUCCAGGGCCCGGCCCCCGAGUAGCCUGGUCGCGGCCGGGCCGAGCGCGCCGUGUCCCCGCGCCCUCCCCCCUCUUCCGCAGGCCGCGCCAGCCCCGCGGGGGGCCCCGGCGCCCUGCCUGCGCGCGGCGGCUGGGUCGCAGCCCGCGCUCCCUCCGCGCCAGCCUUCUCCUCCCCUGUCCGCUCCUCCACUCCAUCUUCCUUUUACUUCUGGCCGCCGCCCCCUCCGCCCCCUCCUUCUCUUCUCCCCUCCUCAUCUGCCUUUCACUUCCCCGUGCGUCUCCCAGGAAGGGAGGGCGCGGCGGCGGCGGCGGCGGCGAUGCUGGCGGCGGCGGAGGAGGAGGACAAGAGGCAGCUCCCUUGAGCGUCCCCCCCGGCAGCAGUCACCGCGGCGGCGAGCGGCGGCGGCUCUUCCUCUCCCCUGCGCUCCAGGGCUUGCUGCUGCCAGCUCACGCCGGGCCCCGGCCGCCGCCGCCGCCGCCCCGGCUCCCGCUCGGCCCGGCGGUCCUCCGCGCGGGCUCCCACGGCUUCCCGGGCGCCGGCGGGGGCUGCCCCGGCCCCGGCCCCGGUCCCAGCCUCGGCGGCGGCGGCCGAACUCCGCGGUGGCCGCGAGGCGCCGGCGCCGCCCUCGCCGCCGCGUCCCCGCUGCUUUUCGGUUCCGACAUGGAAGAUGGACCUUCUAAUAAUGCGAGCUGCUUCCGAAGGCUGACGGAGUGUUUCCUGAGCCCCAGUUUGACAGAUGAAAAAGUGAAGGCAUAUCUUUCUCUUCACCCCCAGGUAUUAGAUGAAUUUGUAUCUGAAAGUGUUAGUGCAGAGACUGUAGAAAAAUGGCUGAAGAGGAAAAACAACAAACCAGAAGAUGAAUCAUCUCCUAAGGAAGUCAGCAGGUAUCAAGAUACAAAUAUGCAGGGAGUUGUAUACGAACUAAACAGCUAUAUAGAACAACGGUUGGAUACAGGAGGAGACAACCAACUACUCCUCUAUGAAUUGAGUAGCAUCAUUAAAAUUGCCACAAAAGCUGAUGGAUUUGCACUGUAUUUCCUUGGAGAGUGUAAUAAUAGCCUUUGUGUGUUUACCCCACCUGGAAUCAAGGAAGGAAAACCCAGGCUCAUCCCUGCUGGGCCCAUCGCCCAAGGAACCACCACCUCUGCCUAUGUGGCCAAGUCCAGAAAAACGUUGCUAGUAGAAGACAUCCUUGGGGAUGAACGAUUUCCAAGAGGUACCGGACUGGAAUCAGGGACGCGUAUCCAGUCAGUUCUUUGUUUGCCAAUUGUCACGGCGAUCGGGGAUUUGAUCGGCAUCCUUGAGCUGUACCGGCACUGGGGCAAGGAAGCCUUCUGUCUGAGUCAUCAGGAGGUUGCAACAGCAAAUCUUGCCUGGGCUUCAGUAGCCAUACAUCAGGUUCAGGUAUGCAGAGGUCUUGCCAAACAGACUGAAUUGAAUGACUUUCUACUCGACGUAUCAAAAACGUAUUUUGAUAACAUAGUUGCAAUAGAUUCUCUACUUGAACACAUAAUGAUAUAUGCAAAAAACCUGGUGAAUGCCGAUCGUUGUGCGCUUUUCCAGGUAGACCAUAAGAGCAAGGAGUUAUAUUCGGACCUUUUUGAUAUCGGAGAGGAAAAGGAAGGAAAACCUGUCUUCAAGAAGACCAAAGAAAUAAGAUUUUCAAUUGAGAAAGGAAUUGCUGGUCAAGUAGCAAGAACAGGGGAAGUCUUGAACAUUCCAGAUGCCUAUGCUGACCCACGCUUUAACAGAGAGGUGGACCUGUACACAGGCUACACGACCCGGAACAUCCUGUGCAUGCCCAUCGUGAGUCGGGGCAGCGUGAUAGGCGUGGUGCAGAUGGUGAACAAAAUCAGCGGUAGUGCCUUCUCUAAGACGGACGAAAACAACUUCAAAAUGUUUGCUGUCUUUUGUGCUUUAGCCUUACACUGUGCCAAUAUGUAUCAUAGAAUUCGUCAUUCGGAGUGCAUUUACCGGGUCACCAUGGAGAAGCUGUCCUAUCAUAGCAUUUGUACUUCAGAGGAAUGGCAAGGCCUCAUGCAUUUCAACCUUCCCGCCCGUCUUUGCAAAGAAAUUGAACUGUUCCACUUUGACAUCGGUCCCUUUGAAAACAUGUGGCCUGGAAUUUUCGUCUACAUGGUCCACCAGUCCUGUGGGACAGCCUGCUUUGAGCUUGAAAAGUUGUGUCGUUUUAUCAUGUCUGUGAAGAAAAACUAUCGUCGGGUCCCUUACCACAACUGGAAGCACGCCGUCACGGUGGCACACUGCAUGUACGCCAUACUCCAGAACAACCACGGGCUCUUCACCGAACUCGAGCGCAAGGGACUGCUAAUUGCGUGUCUGUGCCACGACCUGGACCACAGGGGCUUCAGUAACAGCUACCUGCAGAAAUUCGACCACCCCCUGGCGGCACUGUACUCCACGUCGACCAUGGAACAGCAUCACUUCUCCCAGACCGUUUCCAUCCUUCAGUUGGAGGGGCACAAUAUCUUCUCCACCCUGAGCUCCAGCGAAUAUGAACAGGUGCUUGAGAUCAUCCGCAAAGCCAUCAUUGCCACAGACCUUGCGUUAUACUUUGGAAACAGGAAACAGUUGGAAGAGAUGUACCAGACCGGAUCGCUAAACCUUAAUAAUCAAUCACAUAGAGACCGUGUCAUUGGUUUGAUGAUGACUGCCUGUGAUCUUUGUUCUGUGACAAAGCUGUGGCCAGUAACAAAAUUGACGGCAAAUGAUAUAUACGCAGAAUUCUGGGCUGAGGGUGAUGAAAUGAAGAAGCUGGGAAUACAGCCUAUUCCCAUGAUGGACAGAGACAAGAAGGACGAAGUCCCACAAGGCCAGCUUGGAUUCUACAAUGCCGUGGCCAUUCCCUGCUACACCACUCUCACCCAGAUCCUCCCGCCCACAGAGCCUCUCCUGAAAGCCUGCAGGAAUAACCUGAGCCAGUGGGAGAAGGUGAUUCGAGGGGAGGAGAGUGCCGUGUGGAUCUCGAACCCGCCGGCGGCCCAGGGGACCUCGGAGAAGCUGCCCGUGAAGAUCGAUGACUGAUGGCCACCCCUGAGCCCUCCCACCUGAAGAUGUUCAUCUUGCUUCUUUGACUUUUCUUCCUUUUAUUUUUGUGGGGGGAACCUACACCUGGUAACUGGGAUGCAGACCUCUUCAAGAAGGUACCAUCAAGUAAACACAUCCAGCAGACGGCUCCCUGCCAGGCUCCUCUGUACUGCGUCACAGACGGUGAUCAGCCAGGACCAGAAAUCCGCAGCCCCAGUGACUCCUUGUGAACUGGCCUUUUCUAAUGGGCUAAUAUAGCUGAGGCCUUAAUGGAAACGGACAAUUGUUCGGAAGGGGGUACUUUUCCACUGUAUCUUUCCAGUGAGGGUUAAAACGGUACUAUUAGGAUAUUGUACUUUGGCUUUAACACCAGUGUUGCUUUGAUGUUGUUGGUUAUAAAUAGGAACUUUUACGUGUUACUCUUGUGGAUGUUCAUGUGUGACCUACUUGUAAUUAGCGUGAAUCAUAGCAGACAGCCUCAGACACGUGGCAUGGAGGUUACAGAGUAAGAAGCGCCUUUCUGCAAUCAGUGACGGAAAAUCCAUCCUUCUUCAGAGCCUCAUGAACUAGAAGUUAGGUGGACUUAAAGCGUGUUCUGUAAGCUUAUACUACAGGGCUUAGAUGAAUACAUUUAACGCUAAGGGAAGCAGACUUUCUAUCCCCUUGAGACGAGAUGCAGGUAUACAUCAUACUAAAUCUCAGAAAUCCAAGUAUCAAUUCCAAAAAUGUCAGAGAAUAUUUUUUCUUUAUUUUUUUCUUUAUUGUAGUCUUGGCAAAUUUCCUAAACCCUUUACAUAAAGAACAAAAUAAAAGCAAGGCAUACAAUUUUUUUUCAACGGACAAGUCUUAUGGAUGUCAAAUGUGAAUUUUUAACAAUGAUUCUUUGAUGUUUUCACUCGAUGUCAUUGCAAAAUCUUAAACUCACAUUCCAAGUGAAAGGGUUGUUCUACAAAUUAUUUAAUGACAAGACCAUACAUUUCUCCUAAAAUCAAUUAAACCAUAACAUCUAAGCCUCCUGGAGUCUCCACUGCGAGCCGCACAUUCAGCUCCUGUUCGUACUCCCCUCGUGCUCGUGCGCUCUCGACGGUCUUUCGUAAGCUCUCUGCCCUCGGCGGCUGCCUCGGGGCCCAUCUCUGUUCUCUUUGCUCUGCUCAAGGUCAGAUAUCUACAGAGACACCUGCGUCUGCAGAGUCUCUCCUGUAUCAGUUUUGGUAGGCUCAUAUUACUCUACAAUGUAAAUGUUUUGAAAAAAUAUACAAAAGUAAUAGUCUGGACCCCCUCCUACAAGGAUUAUAAACCAGUCACUUCUGGUGCAUAGUUAAUGCUUUAAAGAUUUUUAGCACAAUGACAUGGUAACCUCCGAAGCUGUGCAAGUCCUGACCUGAAGGAAUUAGAGUCUCAGAAGCGCUAGGCUGAGCCAUAACAAAUGGCUUAUCCGCGAUCCUCGAAGCAGGAAGCUGGAAUAUUACUUUCAACAAAAUAAAUUUUUAAAAAUAUUCUUUUCCAUAUCCAAUACUAUACACAUUGUUGUUCAUAUGAGCUUGGUUUUUGCAAAAAUGAUGAAAUCAGGUGUUUCUAUAAUAUGGUUUAUUUGUGUUGCAGCAGAGUUAGCUAUACAUAAACAUAGUUCUUAUUUUAAAAUUAACACUGUGUGUUCAGUUUCCUUAUGGGCUUCUGAAAGUUGCCAUCUUCCUUACAUGGAGCUCCAUUUGCUAUUAUAAUUAUACAAUACGAGGUAAAAUGAAAUAACAAAAGAGAGAGAAUACCACUGUGGCUAGAUAAACACACACACACACACACACACGGAUGUAUGUAGCUGUGCACACAGACAUUCAUGUAGGUACACACAUGUAUGUAGACACACACACAUAUAUGUGUGAGAGAGAGAGGGAGAGAGAGGCAAACACAUCUUUGAAAAGUAAAAAUCAGCCCCAUUCUUCAAAAAGUGAUUUUUCAUGUUGGAAUAUGUAUGUGGUUUGAUAUAGGGCUGACUAGAAAGAGUCCUUUCUCAUGUUAAUGUAUUCACAGAACCGAAUUCUAAAAAGUUGCAUACAUCCAAACUUUCUACAGCCAAAUGUAUGAAACUGGACCCAUGAGAUUCAACUUUAAUCCCAAAAGUUACUUAGGUCAUCUAACUGAACCUGGAGACUGAAUUGCAAGGAGAAAGGAAAUAUCAUUGAAGACUAUUGUUUCAUUAAAAGGAUUUUAAAAGAGUGCAUGAAUUCUGCUUCUUGAAACAGACAACAGUCACGGGGGAGGAAAUGCUAUGGCUGUUUGCAUUUUUAAGGUUGCCGUUCUGACAUGAUUAUUAGAGAAAAGUAUCUUAUUUUGGCAUACCCAGGUGUAUUGCAUUGUGUGACCUGUACUUUGAACAGUAGUUUCCCAAAGAAACGUGUAUGGAGUUAUUGGUUGGUUGAUUUCUUGUGAAAUAGUCAUAAUAGAAGCAAAGUUUGAACAAAGGACUGUAUUCUAAUGUAAACUGUUACUAUUACUUUUACCAUGUGUAAGAUUGACUUAGGAAUCAUAGAUUUACCUAAAAUGAAAGGGCCUCAGAUGCAGUGAUAUUUAGUUGACAAUCUGUUUUGGAAAACACACAGUUAGGAGUAUUUUGUAUCUCGGCGGAUUUAUUUAGCAGACACGCUUUUGAGUUCUGUUUCGUCUUUUCCCCAGAUUUUUUCUUUAAAGGGCAGAUGGUUUUUAUGGCCAAAAGUUUUGAUGAGUUUCUCAUUAAAGUGGUAUUUUAUAUUGGGCCACAGUUUCCCUGUUCAGUAUAAAUUUGGUAAUCAGCUGUGAGUAUAUGUAGAAUAUUUGAUUUGCAAAAUUUUUUAUUGGUUGUGCUGAUUUAUAAUAGAUACAGUUUUAUCAUCAAAUGCAAUUAUUCCAUUCAGAGAUAGUGAAUAUAUUUUUUAACUAGAAAUUUUCUUGGAAAUGCAUGCUAACAACGUGAACUAUUGAACUUGGGCAGCGGAAUAAAAUUCUAAAAAAUGCAAGUAUCUGAUUAAUUACUAGUUGUGAUUUAAUUAAAUAGAAAAUCUUAAAUGCAAUUAAUGUGGAAAGGAAUUCUAAAAAAUGACCCUUUUUUUUUUUUUUUUUUUUUGCGGUUUGCGGGCCUCUCACUGCUGCAGCCUCUCCCGCCGCGGAGCACAGGCUCCGGACGCGCAGGCCCAGUGGCCACGGCUCACGAGCCCAGCUGCUCCGUGGCAUGUGGGAUCUUCCCGGACCGGGGCACGAACCCAUGUUCCCCGCAUCGGCAGGCGGACUCUCAACCACUGCGCCACCAGGGAAGCCCACAAAUGACCCUUUUACUAGGGCAGGAAUUGUGAUCCAUUUCCCAGCUUUAGUUAUUUCUGAGAAGCACGUGAGAAACCAAUGUUGGAAGAGAGACCAGGUUUGGAAUUAGUCACACACCGUUGUCCUCCAGCCUGACUCUUCUUUCAAUGGAAAAGCAUCUGUGCAGACAAUCACGGUACUGCUCGGGGUGACUUGUUCUCACAGCAGCAGAAACAGAGCUAAUUCAGAACUAGAUCCGCUCAGUGUAGGUUUCCUCUCUUUAGCAUGCUUUUAUGCAGUCACCCGCAGUGAGUUUUGCUUUCUUGGUAUAUUCAAGCACAGUAGCUAUGUUUGUACAUGAUACACAUAGAUGCAUAAAUCCUUAGCUUCCUGGAUUGCUUAAUAGAUUUAGUUUUGAGUAUUAUGUUGCUGGUCUUUUAACCCAGAGUAGGGUUUGAGUUUUAAUAGGACUAAGUGAUUCACCACGCCUCGGCCUGUGCCUUUAUUUUAAACUCUGUAAUCUUACCUCUUCAUUCAUAUAUUCAUUGUUUUGCUUUCUUGCUUAACUAUAAUUAACAACAUUUCAAGGGACACAUCCAUGGUUAAUUUUAUCAAGUGGAAUGAGUUAGGAUCAUUCUCUCCUUAUCAGAUUUCUAUCCCUUAUUUUAUUUCAUUCAGUCACCCUUGUGACCAUAACCAAUGAACUGUUCAGAUUCAGUCUUUUUUGCAAGAACUUCCAAGAACUGUGACACUGAUUAUGAUGUAAUUUUGUUGGGUUUUUCAGGUACAUAUGCAUGAUUUAGAUUUUGAAAAUCACUUCUAUCUUUGUAUAUUUCAAAUGUAUUUGCUUUCUACACUUGGCUGAUUUUAUUGAGGAUUUAAUUCUUUAAAAACAUAUUCAUUUAGUCACCUUAGUGUAUCCCUUCUAUUGCAAGUAUUAAUCUGAUUUUAAAAUCACUGUAAAAUGUAAAUUAGCCGAGUAUGCUGUCAGUGAUGGUUUCCCCAGGCUUGUCUGUAGUGCAUGGCUAGUAUAUUUUUACCUUUGCAUUAAGUAUUUAUCCUGAUACACAUUUUGCCAAUUUCUUUAAGCACUUAAGUUUAAAUUAGUGAUACCCAAUGCAGUGCUUACACUUUUUGUUUUUCGUCUUUUUUUUUUUUUUUUUUUUUUACUGGAUAUUUUGGUUGUCUGAAGCACUAGAUACAUUUAUGUGAUGAUAAGAAUAGAAAAAAAGGAAGAAAACAGUUUUGAUGCUGUUCUGGUUCUAAAUUGAAAAGAUGGGACAAAGUGAAAGACAAGAAACACGUUUGAAAUCCAAAGAAGUAUUACUACCUUCACCCGAACUCUAAGCUUUUCCCUUCUCUGACUGACAGUGGAAGAUCCUGCAGAGCUGACCGCCCUGAGAGGGUGCAGACCUGCGUGUACCUCUGCUGGGCACGGGUUAGCGUUACCCCAGGACCCAGGCCGAAACUUCCAGCCAGAUCACGCUUGCCAAUUAGGGUAGUCGGUUUCCACACGUCAAGUUUCAGCCAGUACUUUUGAGGAACGUACAUUCACUGAAGCUUAAGUGGAAAGGUUUUAUUCCUAUUGCAGGAUAAGUUUUAAAAGUGUGUUAUCCAGUACCCUAGUCCACCUAAAAUAUCACCCUAUCCUGGGCAUUGCAGCUUUUGUUUUUUCUUUAGUUCCCAGUCCUGUGCCGUAUCGCAAAUAUACUGUGUAAACGACAUAUGGGAACACUCUUCUCCAUAUGACCUGUUGUCUGGUGUAUGCCCUUUAUAUUCACUUAGUGUGCACACUGAGAGUAGAUGUCGUUGUAGAAGGUGUUUCUAUACCACACCCCCCACCUGUUCACCAGAACCCACCCAGUGACCCACCGGAAAAAGUGUGCGUGCCCAGAACACUGUGAAACAGUUACCAAAAUUUGUAGAAAUGCAGCAUCUUGACUCUUUCUGAAAAGAAGGGGUGACUUUUUUUUUUUU